AUGAAUACAAAUUACCCUCCAUCUCGUCUUCAAGUAUCAAGUUUGUCAUGUAAAAAUAAGUGUGGCUUUUAUGGGAAUCCUUCAUGGGAUGGAUAUUGUUCCGUGUGCUAUCGCAACGCUCAUCAAAGACAAUCGAAUUUUCGUCAGGCUUCCUCCACUUCAUCACUUUCAACUCCAAAUUCGGAAGUAGAGAUUAAGCCUAAACAUAGCACUGGAAGGAAUACAACUUCUAUCAAAAAUAUAUUUAAGGUUCCUCGAGAUGAUAACCGGGACCAAAUUUCAGUGAACCCAGAAGAGUGUUUACAAGCCGAAAAAGAAUUUAAAACAUUUCUAAACACCCUUCGAGCCUCUGCAAAUGCCGACAUUUCCCGCCAUGUUUCAAAGCUUAUGGAACAGUUGGAGCCUAUUCGAAGUUCAAAUAUUAAUCAAGCCUCAAUGAUUGUGCAAGACUUUUAUCACAACCUUUCAAACCGUAUUUCAAAUAAUCCUAUGUAUUCAAAUUUGUCACCAAAAACCAAAGAAUCUGUUUUAAACUCAGUUGAACGUUUCGUUACAACUUGGAUUUAUUUUUGGGCUUUUGCUUCACCUACAACGGAUGAUGAGGAAAUAGAUUUGAAAUUACAGGAAAAAAUUCGAUCAUUGCAUUGGGUAACUCCCUACUUGCUUGAUUCACCGAUUAAUCCUAAUUCGUCAGAGGAACUUGCCCAUUUAGAUCUAGCAACAUUUGCUCUUAUCAAAGUGAAUACAUUACUUGCAUCUGAAGAUAAAUUAAAUCAAAUAGUUCAGUGUUGUCGUAGUGUAUUCGAUGCAUUAAGAGCUCACUAUCGAAAUUAUGCCGCUAUAACACAACAAUAUUUAUCUAACAACGAUAAUAAUGAUAAAAGCCCAACACCUGAUUAUAUGCCUAGUCAAAAUGAAAACAACAAUUUAACUCAUGUACAAAAUAAUGUCAUGAAUAACUCUGUGAAUAUAACUAAUAAUGUUGUAUUUGAACAAGAAGAUACCGCUAAUGCUGACGAUUUUUUACCGACACUAAUUUGGAUUGUAUUGAAUUCAAAUCCACCAUUAAUCUAUUCUAAUUUACAAUUUAUUAUGAGAUUUGCUAAUCAGAAUAGACUGAAUAGUGGUGAAGCUGGUUAUUUCUUCACGAAUUUAUCGUGUGCUGUUCACUUCCUGAGAAAUCUAACUCAUGAGUCAUUAAGUUUAUCCGAGGAAGAUUUUAGUCGAUGUAUGCGAAAAGGUUUAUUAUUAAUCAGACGUCCUGGUGAACCAUUAUCAGAAAACGAAAAAUUAUUAAUGGAUAAUGGAAUUCGUCUUGCGGAUUUAGAAGAUAGCCUAAAUGAUUUAAAUACAAAAUUAGAAUCAGCUGAAUUGGAUAUGAAACGAUUUCAUGAAUAUUUUCAUCAUGAAAUAAAACAAAUACGAACAAAUAUUCCAUUGAAUGUACGUAUAGAUGAUUUAGAUUCACGUCAUUUAGAAAAUCCACAUAUUUUAUUAUUAGGUCCAUUAUGUAAAUCAAAUCGGCAAAAUGAGUCAUUACUAGACUGUGAUUUGGAUGAGACUACAAAUCGUCUAUUACCAGAUCCCAUACAACCGACUCCAUAUGUUGCUGUUGAUCAUUGUAAAAAAAGUAUAUAA